AUGAUAGAGUAUGAGCUCAAUACUCUAGCUAAAGACCAUAAACUCUAUCAAUUGGAUAAUAGUAGCUCUAUUAUAAACAAUAUACCUAACCCUGACACCAUCUACCAUGGAGUUAUUAAUCAUAAUCCUUAUAUUCAUAUCAACCUUCAAUUAAAUGAGCUUAAACCCAGAUUGGAUAUACAAGGGGAAGAAACAGAGAAGACUAUGGAACUAUUGGUGUUUCCCAUAGGGGGGAAGGCGGCUGCUGCUGCUGCUGCGUUGUUCGUGCAGAUCCGCAUCAUCAGUGAUGAUGGUGAUGAUGUUACUGUUAGACAUUUGAUUAUGGAACCUGAUGAUGAUGAUAGAGAUAUACAUAAUAUUGGUAGAGAGAAGAAGGGAGAGGUGGGUUAUGGUGUAGAUAACCUCGGUGAAUGGGAUAAUAAAUAUGUAGUGGCCCACUACUAG